CAGACAGUUAAAGUGAUUAAACGACACCGCAUGACGCACGUAUAUUGAAACGCUGAUGCUAAAGCUAGCUUAACUUCUAGUGUCUGACUGCUCGUGUUGUCAUACGUUUUUUGUUUGGCUCCUGUUUAGACACGUCCUGGCCCGCGUAGGGGACCUGGUUGCGUUUUUCUCGUAUUUGUCUGGGAUGUAUGGAUGGAUAUUUGACGGAAUCUCGUCGUUGUUUGAGCCCGACGCUGGGCAAAACCACGAAGCUAACGAGGGGCUAGCUGGUGGCGUCAGGGCACAGCGGCGCGAGAGCCACGGGAGACCGGUUAAGCGGAACUACCAGAGUGUUGAUGCAACAGACGGCCUUGGCCAAAGUGACCAGGUCGAGGCGAAAAGACGACGCAGAGAUGUGGUGAUAAGUUUUGUGAAGAAGACCGUGGCCGGAGUCGCAAGUCUGCUCCGGUUGCGCAAGCCAUUGAUUUCCACCUCUGACAAGCACGGACAAUAUGAGGACACACAGGCUGUUCCACUGGGAAUUGAUGAGCUGCACAACCCAUGGCUAACCAACACUGAGUGGAGAAUGGAUAAACCAGGGCUUGGACUAAGUGAGAGAACACUGCAGAAUCCUUUUCAGAGCACCUCACCUCCUUUAAUGAGGAAAUUCAGUGGGACCCCAGUGUCUUCUGGACUCCCUGACAGGGAGAAGAGAGGCCUCCUUCAGCUGCUGCCUUCGCGGCCGAUGGUGAGCAUGGGAAUGCCCAACUCUGACCAGAUUUGCAAUGGACACAGCCGCUGCUACAAGCCCAGCCUCACCGUGGAAGAGGCCAUAAAGCAGAAUGACAAGGAGCACUACAGACGCCUGCUGGAGAUGGUCACCGAGAAGUACAGCAAGAGUCAACCGCUACCUUUUAACCAAACAAAACCCCAAGCUGUGUUCCAAUCACAAGGUCAACACACAGUCACCGCUUCAAGAAAACCCAUUGAAAUCCCAUCAAGAAAGAUGGGAUAUUCCUCUGCCCCCAGUAUGCUGGCUUGGAGGAGUACAUCUGCAAAUAAGAGCAGAUGGACUGGGUUGCCUCUCAGUAAAUCUUACUCAGGAGCACCAGAAGACAGCCUGCAUGUGAGAUGUGCAAAGAAACCGGUACCCGAGGUGGACCUUUCUACUGAGGUAGCUACUCGCCUCAACCUUGUCGACCGAGUGCCACCUUCUGUCAGCCUGCCCAGCUCGCAUGCACACACAGUUCAUGUAAGACACACUGAUGAGGACAUACCCCGACUUACUCAGGAGAUGGCAUCGGAGGUGAGCGGUGCUCUGGCUCAGAGUGACCCCAACUUGGUUUUAAGUUCCGCUUUCAAGCUACGCAUCACGCAGAGAGACUUAGCGACCCUUCAGGAAGGUGGCUGGCUCAAUGACGAGGUGAUCAACUUCUACCUGUCCCUGGUCAUGAAGCAGUGUUCGGACCUAGCAGCAGGAUUGAGAGUGUACUCGUUCAGCACAUUCUUCUACCCCAAGCUCCGAGGCGGAGGAGGAGGUGCAGGGCAGGACAAAGGACAUGCUGCCGUGAAGCGAUGGACCAAAUCUGUCGACCUCUUCCUGUAUGACCUUGUUCUGGUCCCGCUCCAUCUGGGUGUCCACUGGGCCCUAGCCGUGAUAGACUUGAAAGCCAAGACCGUCAAGUCCUAUGACUCAAUGGGCCAAAGACAUGAUGAUAUUUGCAGUCUUUUACUCCUCUACCUAAAGGAUGAGCACAAAGCAAAGAAAGGCAGAGAACUCGACAGCGCCAAGUGGACCGUCAGUUGCAUGCGAGCCUCUGAAAUCCCCCAGCAGAAAAAUGGCAGUGACUGUGGUGUGUUUACAUGUAAAUACGCAGAAUACAUCGUUAAAGGAAGACCCCUCGCCUUCAAACAGUGGCACAUGCCUCUUUUCCGUAAAUUAAUGAUAUGGGAGAUUCUGCAUCAGAAGCUGCUAUAGCAUGACGGCUCAGCGUGUGAACAUUUCUCAGCGGAAGAAACGUGUACAGACAUUGCAAGGAAAGGAAAAAGACAAAAACAGCAGAGGACAACUCCAUCUACGCAAGUCCAGCUGCUUACCUCUGAAGACGUUAGACAUGAUCUAUGUCCCUGCACCUCUCAGCGACAUAUUAACCUGUUAUAAUCUCUGAGUUAUAAUUAGAGACGUUCGUUUUUUUAAUGUUACCUUUGCAUUGUUUGUAUAACUGCCAGCAGUACUGCCACAAGUGCCUUUGGUCUUCUGACACUGAGCUCAACUUUAAACUGAUCAUGAUUGGAUUCCGAUGUAUGCAGCUCAGCCGUAUUUUGUUGCAAUUCGACUCCUUAUGGAAACAAGCAACAGAAGUUGCAUUCUUCUGAUGGAUGUUUUUUUAAUUUAUUUAUUAUGUGACUGAAAGUGUUUUCUGAGAGUGUGUACAGUAUUUUUUUUCUUCAUGAAUGUAUAGUUGUUUCCCCCCUAUUAUGACAUCAAUGUACAGUAAUUAUUGCAUUUCAAACUACUGUAUACACACGCAUGUUUGAUUUGAUGCUUGAAAAUGUGAUUUUUCUUUUUUUCCCCUGAAAUAAAUGUUAAUGUCACGUA